AUGUUGUGGGAUGUGAUGGUGAAUCAAUUGAAAGUUCCACUCAAAUUUACUCAUGAUCUUUCAAAGGAAACUCCAAAGGAAUGUGGAUUGGGAAUGUUGAUUGAUGGUAAAAUUGUUGAAAUGGAUAGUCCAAUAUUCCAAAAGGUUUUGGAAAUUCUUGGACAAUUGACUGCUGAUGAUGAAUUAAAAUCAUCUAAGGAUAUGACUUUGAAGGAAUGGCUCAUUUGGAGAGAUGUUCCACAACAAUAUCACUUGUUGAUUGAUUCAAUUCUUGCUCAAACCAAUUCAAGCUGUCUCCAUACUCACAGUGCUAAGGGAGCUCAAGAAGAAGAUUUGAAUGGUGAAUCCAAUCCUCAAAUUGGUUACGGAAAUUAUCACAUUCAAGGAAAGAAUACUAUGGAACAUUCAUUAAUUCCAUACUUGACCAAAAAUAUCAAGAAGAAUCAAAUCAAAUUGAAUUAUAUUGUUCAAUCCAUUGAUUACAGUUCUAAAUUAAUCAAAAUUAAUGGAGGAGAAAUUACCUGUGAUAAGAUUAUUCUCACAGUUCCAUUGACCACAUUGAGAAAUCGUUUGAUUCAAUUCACCCCUGAAUUGUCACCAUUGAGAAAACACUUGAUUCAAAAUCAAUUCCACAUGCACGGAGGUUGCAAGAUUAUUCUCGGUUUUAAGAAACCAUUCUGGAAGGAUCAAAUUCCAAAUGUGAAUGUUGUCUGUGUGGGAGAUCAAGAUCCACUCAUUUCUCAAUUCUGGUUCUCAUCCACAUCAAAGGAACAAACUGAAAAAUAUGGACAUAUCAUUACUGGUUUCUCAAUGAGUAAUAGAGCUGAUAAUGGACUGAUUUUGGGAGAGGAAGAAAUCAAGGAUCACUUUAGAAAAUUCAUUCAAAAGACCUUUGAUUUAAAUGAUAAAAAUGAUGGAUUCAUUGGUGGAAAGAUUCGUAAUUGGCAAGAUGUUCAACACGUUGCAGGCGCCUAUUCAUUUGCCUACACAAGUGACUCAUCGAGAAGAAACUAUAUUAAAAAUCCAAGAGUUCUCCUCUCUCAACCAAUUGAUUCCAAGCUUUACUUUGCCGGAGAAUUAUACUGUGCUCACUCUCCUGCCACUAUUCACGGAGCUAUGGAAACUGGAAGAGAUGCUGCUUUGAGAUUGAUUAAUGAAAGUUCUCCUCAAAGAGUUAGCAAACUUUAA